AUGACUCAAGCAUCGUCUCCAAUGUACUCUGCAACCAUUCGAGCUAAUGCCCAUAGGCCGGAACGUCGUACUACUCGAAUCUUUCAGCAGCCCACACAUUCUAACAUGGAGAUCCCUGAAGCCGUGACUCCACCUCCCAAUGGGCAGGAUCUUAAUCUGGAUGCGGAUUUUGCUACUAUGUGGGAACAAGAUUGGGAUGCCGCUAGCCGAGCUAUAUCGCUGUGUAAGCUUUUCUUUCAUUUCCGCCCAUGGAAGUUUGCGUUUCCUUCUGACUUCAUUUCUUCCUUCUCUCUCAUUUCUGCAGAGAUUCAGGAGCAGGGGUUUCCGGCGAAGCCUAGACAUACAGAGGUAAUUCUUUCGGUAGUAUUGACUGCUGCUGGGGUUAUGAUUGCAGCGCUGGGAGAUUUUUCUUUUGACCUUGUUGGAUAUAGCAUGGCCUUUACUUCUGUUUUCUUCCAGACCAUGUACCUUGUGUUGGUGGAGAAGUCUGGUGCAGAGGACGGACUUUCAUCAGUCGAGAUCAUGUUCUAUAACAGCUUUUUUUAA